GAGCUCCAUCACCUCCUUCAGAAAUGUGGACGGAUAUAAGGACAUUGCUACUUUUUCAUUCGUUAGUCUUGAGUCUUCAUUUCUCAGAAGCAACGGAUGAGUGUGAGGAUGGACAGUUUCAGUGCAAUAACAAAAGGUGUAUACCGACUAUCUGGAGGUGUGACGACGAUGACGACUGCUCAGACAACAGUGAUGAAGAAAACUGUCCCAGGAAGACAUGUGCCCCUGCGGAGUUCGCCUGCUUAAAUGGCCAGUGUGUCCCUGGACGUUGGCGAUGCGACGGGGAACCAGAGUGUCCCGAUGGCUCCGAUGAGGCAGAGGAGACUUGCAGCAAACAGACGUGCCCUCCAGAGAAAUUUGACUGUGGGGGAUCCACCAACAAGUGUGUCUCGUUGUCAUGGAGAUGUGAUGGGGAGAAGGAUUGCGAGAACGGGGCCGAUGAGGAGGACUGUGCGUCUGUCACUUGCCCCAGCGGUGAGUUUAUGUGCGCUAACCGCAAGUGUUUGGCCACCGUGUAUGUGUGUGACGGUGACGACGACUGUGGAGACGGCAGUGAUGAGCUCAAGUGUGCCUCCCCUCUGACCUGCGGGCCCAACCAUCUCCGCUGUAACACCUCAGAGUGUGUGCCACUCAUGUGGAGCUGCGAUGGAGACCCCGACUGCUCUGACAGUUCAGAUGAGGGGCCAGAGCGCUGUGGCGGCGACGGGGUGCCGUAUCUAUCCAAUCGCCGGACAAACUGCACUGCUGAGGAGUUUCGUUGUGCCAAUGGGGAGUGUGUGCGGCUGACUUGGAAGUGUGAUGGAGAUCCAGACUGCAAGGACAAAUCUGAUGAGUCUGAUUGCCCCCUGUUGACGUGUCGUCCUGAUGAGUUCCAGUGUGGUGAUGGUUCCUGCAUCCAUGGCACCAAGCAGUGUAACAAGGUGCAUGACUGUCCUGACCACAGUGACGAAUCCGGCUGUGUCAACGCCACCAAAUGUGAGGGACCUUUGAAGUUUCUGUGUAAGAAUGGAGAGUGUAUUGAUAGCUCCAAGGUGUGUGACUCUGUCAAGGACUGCAAGGACCGAUCUGACGAGCCCAAGAAGGAGUGCGGGCUGAAUGAGUGUAUGAUUAACAACGGUGGCUGCUCCCAUGUCUGCAUGGACCGACCAAUCGGCUUUGAGUGCCAGUGCCCGACUGGCUACCAGUUAUUGGACAAAAAGACUUGUGGUGACAUUGAUGAGUGUGAGAACCCUGAUGCUUGUAGCCAGAUCUGCAUCAACUACAAGGGGGAUUUUAAAUGCGAAUGCUAUGAAGGUUACGAGAUGGACCCCGUUACGAAGACCUGCAAGGCAGAAGGGAAGAGCCCUUACCUGCUGUUCACCAACCGGCACGAGAUCCGCCGCAUCGACUUGGUGAAGAGAGACUACAGCCAAGUGGUGUCCACUCAGAAGAACGCUGUAGCUCUGGACCUGGACGUGGCCAACAACCGCAUCUUCUGGUGUGAUCGCUUUCACCGGAAAAUCUACAGUGCCUUCAUCCAUGAGGCCAGUGACCCCUCCCAGCAGGUGCCGCUGGUAGAUUCUCUUCUGCAGACCCCCGUGGGUCUUGCUCUGGACUGGCUCCAACACAACCUGUACUGGACCGACUCUGGAGACAAAUCCAUCUCUGUGGCCUCAGUGGACGCCACCAAGAGACGGGUCCUCAUUAACACUGACCUGAGUGAACCGCGGGCCAUAGCGCUGGAUCCCCACCAUGGCUUUAUGUACUGGUCAGACUGGGGUACGAGAGCCAAGAUAGAGAAGGCCGGGAUGAAUGGAGUGGACCGACAGGUGCUGGUGGCUGAUAACAUUGAAUGGCCCAAUGGCAUCACUCUAGAUGUAGCCAACAGACGUCUGUACUGGGUGGAUUCAAAGCUGCACCUCAUAGCCAGUGUGGACCUGAACGGAGCUCAUCGCAGAACACACAUGUCGUCUGCAGAGAGACUGGGACAUCCGUACGCUCUGGCUGUUUUUGAGGAUCGAAUCUACUGGACAGACAGAGACAGGGCGGCCGUCUUCAUGGCCAACAGGCUGACUGGUCAAGACAUCCACACGCUGGCUGAAAACCUCAACGACCCCCAUGACAUUGUGGUCUUCCACCAGCUUCGCCAGCCGCAAGGCCCAGACAGUUGUAAUCUGGGCAGUGUGGCCAAUGGAGGCUGUGAGUACUUGUGUCUUAAGGCUCCACAGAUUACUGAACACUCGCCCAAAUACACCUGCGCCUGCCCCGAUGGCCAGGACCUGGGGCCCGAUAUGAGGGGCUGUGUGCCAGCAGCACCGAGAAACGAAAUGACCUCGACAUCCUCACCUCCUACUGGAUUUACAACUGGCACCAGAGCGACUGUUGCAGAAGACUUCCCGCCACCCUCAGGGGGAGUAUCACAGGCAGACGCCACAGGCCACUUGACCACAGCUCCAUCUGGUUCCCCAGAGCCUCUCACACCCCUCUCCACCCUUAAGCCUUUGUCGUCACAAGAGUCUAAGGCACUGGGCUCCCACUCCUCUGCUACUGCCAUGGUCAUGUCCACCACACCUGCAGGGGACAGCAGUGUCUCCCAACACUCUGGAAGCGAGCAUUUCCUCUUGGGCGAGAACCUGACAGUGGCUGUUUUGGGAGUGGUCAUCCCCAUCGUUCCUAUCGUUGCCACAGUGGUGUUUGGCCUGGUGUGCGCCGGAGUCUACCUGGUGUGGCGCAACUGGCGGCGCAACUCCACCAAGAGCAUGAACUUCGACAACCCCGUCUACCGCAAGACCACCGGCGAGGGCGAGGAGGACGAGAUUCACAUCGGGCGGACUGACGGCAUGGGACACCACACGCACCACCACCCGUACCCGCAGGGCGUCAACAUGGGAGUCGUAGGAGCAGGAGGCGGCACCUGCCCGCAGUUCAUCGCCUUGCCACUCGGGGGCAGCAUGCCUGACCCGGGAACUCACUGGUACACAGAGCAGCCCAUGCUCUCCACCGCGAAGUGACCCAUGAGAGCGAAUUCAGGGGAAGACGGCCGCUCAGGCACACGCACACACAGUGAGGUCAGGGGUGACUUGGACUGAGUUUGCAGAAGGUACGAACAACAUAUCAUCAAGUGUUAACAUGCAGCCAUUCACAGCCAUGUCCUAUGCCAAUCUCCAUUUGAAA